AUGGAUCCCUUGAGAGAAACCGGCCCACAGAGCGAAGAUUCUACGCGUGAUUCCGUCAAGGAAGAGCUGUUCAAUCCCACAGUCCAUCUCAAUUAUGUACCUCCCGAAAAGAAGAUAACGAUGCAAGAUUUGCUUUUGAAUCAAAGUGCGACCGCAACUCCUAUUGCAGGGACUGUGCCAUUCCCAUUGCUUUCUCCGCAAGGCGUGCGAGCGUAUCGAAAGGCCUUGUUUCAGCAAAAUGUGAUUGAGAAAUGCGCAAGCUCCCCGUUUCCCGGCACCCUGGUUCUUCGUGAUGCAGUCAAGCACUCUCGGUUUAUUCGAGACUUCUGGACCCACCCUGAAACAAUGAGAAUAGUAUCUGACGCUUCUGGGGUGCCUUUAGAGGUGGUCAUGCCCACGGAGAUUGGACAUACGAACAUCCAAGCCGAAGGAGCCACGAUUGCAGAGAUGGCUAGUAACCUAAAGGUUGAGCCGUCUGUAGAGAAACUGGAACUGAGUCCUGAAGAACGGGCGUAUGACCCGUUGAAAGAUGAAACCUCCAUCAUACCUUGGCACUAUGACUCUUAUCCUUAUGUUUGCGUGGUUAUGCUAAGUGAGACUGAUGGCAUGAUCGGCGGGGAAACAUACAUCAAAAAGGGGAAUGGUGAAGCCCAAAAGGUCGAAGGUCCACAAAUCGGACACGCAGUAAUGCUGCAAGGAGGAGAAGUCCAACAUCUCGCCGCUCGUGCCAAGGGAGUAAAAGAACGGAUUUCUACAAUCACUUCGUACCGCUCAAAAGUCCCGAACGUUUACGACUCGAGCUACAUCACCAAUAUCCGGCCUUAUGCGGAUCUCAGAUCGCUCUACCCCGAAUGGACUCGGUAUCGCCUGCGGAAGCUGCGAGAUGAAAUCACUCAUUAUCUUGACAAGACUGGGGAUGAAUCGAGCUCUUAUUUCCAAAGAGAGGAGCUGCAGAGUAUCAUCACCCAACAGAUCGAGUACCUGCACCGGACUUCUCGCCAGAUGGUCUCUCCCGAGUACCAGCAGCAGGUCUUGAAAAGAUACGGCAAAGCAGCAUACUAUGAUGUCUUUAGGAUUUGGGAUACUGUUCAGAGCUUGCCUGAAUUCGAGAGUCUCGCAUCUGCCACAGAUCAAGAGCGCGGUUGGAUGCCAGAGAGUGUGUACUGGAUGGAUCUUCAAAAGUCCAUUGAGACAAUCCGCAUGAAAGGUCCCCUUGAAAGUACAUUUGGUUCCCAUGUAUGGAAUAAAUCACGGAAGUUCUACAUGGGUGAUGAGUUGUUGCGCCAAGGCUUGAAUGAAGUGUUUUUGGACUGGCUUGGAAGCUCGGGUCUGUGGGAUAUUUAUUCCAAGCGUUGA